GGUUCUUAGCAGCUAAACAUGGCAGUGUGUGAGAUUCCUUCGGUGGUGCUAGGUUCUUCCACCGGCGAAGUGAAGAUGCCGGUGAUCGGGAUGGGGUCUGCGCCAGACUUCACCUGCAAGGCCGACACGAAGGAAGCCAUUGUCGAAGCCAUAAGGCAGGGCUACAGGCACUUUGACACCGCCGCCGCCUAUGGCUCUGAGACUGCCCUCGGAGAAGGCAUUAAGGAGGCUCUUCAGCUCGGCCUCGUCCCCUCCAGACAACACCUCUUCGUCACCUCCAAGCUCUGGUGCACCAACAAUCAUCCUCACCUCGUUCUUCCUGCUCUCCAGAACUCUCUCAGGAGUCUUCAGCUGGAGUACUUGGACCUGUAUCUGAUUCACUGGCCCAUCUCUGCUAAGCCAGGCAAGUUCUCGUUCCCUAUAGAGGCGGAAGAUGUGGUUCCUUUGGACUUGAAGGGAGUGUGGGCGGCCAUGGAAGAAUGCCAGAGGCUGGGCCUCGCCAGAGCCAUCGGAGUCAGCAACUUCUCCGUCAAGAAGCUCGACGAUCUGCUCUCAUUCGCCACCAUUCCGCCGGCGGUGAAUCAGGUGGAGAUGAACCUGGCAUGGCAGCAGAAGAAGCUGCUGGACUUCUGCAAAUCAAAAGGGAUAGUGAUCACAGCGUUCUCGCCGCUGAGGAAAGGAGCGAGCAGGGGACCCAACGAGGCCAUGGAGAGUGAUGUGGUGAAGGAGAUAGCAGAAGCGAGGGACAAGUCAAGCGCUCAGGUUUGUCUGAGAUGGCUCUACGAGCAAGGCGUGACCUUCGUGCCAAAGAGCUACAACAAGGACAGGAUGAACCAAAACCUGCAAAUCUUUGAGUGGUCAUUGACUGAAGAUGAUCAUAAAAAGAUGAGUGCAAUAAAGCAGCAACGUUUGAUCCAGGGACCCACCAAGCCUCCGCUUCCAGAUCUGUACGAUGACGAAAUAUAAACCAUAGAAGAUAUUUGAUUGAUUAGGGUGUCAUCGAUUCUGCAGAACACAAAAAUAAAAACAGAGGACUCAAUGACUUGACCAGAACAGGAUCAAAACAGAGAAAAUAAAAGGGCUUAUUGAAAUUGCAUACCUUUUUGGAAAAACGACCCUCAAUUACUUACGGAUUGAUACCAUAGCUCAUGCUUUCAAAAUUUAACAUCAUGUUUUAUAAUUUCUUUCCUCGAUAUGACAAGUGAAUUUCGUGUGUGUGUGUGUGUGUGUGUGUGUGUUACUUCCCCUGUAUAACAACUCCAAAAAGCUUUAGAGAAUGA